AUGCCACUGGUCAUUUUUACAGGUAUCAACCAUCACUUCAAAACUUGCUUAUUCGGGAGUGCACUGUUGCCCAAUGAGACUGACGAAACCUAUAUUUGGGCGUUGAAGAUAGUGAAGGAAAUGAGCACUUGUACUAACCCCCCAGCGGACGUGGUAGAAUCUCAAUCUGAUGAGGAGGAUGACGACGAUGACAUGGACGAUGAUGGGGACGAUGAUGGGGACGACGGAGAAGAUGGAGACGACGAUGAUGGAGAUGAUGACCAAGGUGGUCAGCCCCCAAAGAAGCAACGAACGAGCAAGCAUAAUACUACUGGAGAGCCCAUAGGAAAAAGUCACCCACAACAGAAGAUCGGGGCACGUACUAGGAGCAAUACUAGUCAACAAGAGAAGGGAGCAUAG